UCGCCCUUUUAAGAGCGCAGCUCCUGCCUUCAGCUCCAGACGCCAUUUCCUGGGAGAUGCGAGCAGUGAGAGGAGAGUCGCCCUCCGCCCCGGGAGCCCCGCACCGAGCCAAAAGAUGUUGAGUUUUUUCCGGCGCACACUUGGGCGCCGGUCCAUUCACCGCUAUGCCGAGAAGGAACGUCUUCGGGAGGCCCAGAGAGCCGUCACCCACAUACCAGCUGCUGGCGAUGCCAGGUCCAUCAUCACCUGUAGGGUCUCCCUUCUGGAUGGGAGUGAUGUCAGCGUGGAUCUGCCGAAAAAAGCCAGAGGUCAGGAGCUGUUUGAUCAGAUCAUGUACCACCUGGACCUGAUCGAGAUCGAUUACUUUGGGUUACAGUUCAUGGAUUCAGCACAAGUGGCGCACUGGCUGGACAACACCAAGAGCAUCAAAAAGCAGGUGAAGAUCGGCCCUCCGUACUGUCUGCACCUGCGCGUCAAGUUCUACUCCUCCGAGCCCAACAACCUGCGGGAGGAGCUCACCAGAUAUUUGUUUGUUCUGCAACUAAAACAAGAUAUUUUCAGUGGAAAGCUGGAGUGCCCGUUCGACACUGCUGUGCAGCUGGCGGCAUACACGCUCCAAGUUGAACUCGGAGAUUUUGACCCCACAGAGCACACGCCGGACUUGGUGUCGGAGUUUCGCUUUGUACCCACGCAGACAGAGGAGAUGGAGCUCGCCGUGUAUCAGAAGUGGAAGGAGUUCAGGGGUCAGACGCCCGCCGAGGCCGAAACAAAUUAUCUGAACAAAGCCAAGUGGCUGGAGAUGUACGGCGUGGACAUGCACAUCGUGAAGGCUCGAGACGGCAACGACUACCAGCUGGGACUGACCCCGACCGGAGUUCUGGUGUUUGAGGGGGAAACGAAGAUCGGCUUGUUCUUCUGGCCCAAAAUAACUCGCCUGGACUUCAAGAAGUCGAGAUUGACGCUGGUCGUGGUUGAGGAUGAUGAGCAGGGCAAGGAGCAGGAACACACGUUUUGUUUCAAAAUGGAUCAUCCCAAGGCGUGCAAGCAUCUGUGGAAGUGUGCUGUGGAGCACCACUCCUUCUUCCGUCUCCGGGGGCCCACGCAGAAAGGCUCCAGCCGCUCCAGCUUUAUACGGCUGGGGUCACGGUUCAGAUACAGCGGGAAAACUGAAUACCAGACGACAAAAUCCAGCAAACCGCGGCGUUCGUCGUCCUUCGAGCGCAGACCCAGCAAACGCUACUCGCGGAGGACCCUGUUAAGUCGAUCUCAACCUCCGAGACCCAACCUGAUUCACGCUGACAGAGCAGAGCCUGCGGUCCACCCCAAUGGAGCUCAGCCGGUUUGGCCCAUGAAGCCGUCUGCUCGCCCGGCGCCCUCUGUCCCUGCGCAGUCGCCACGUUUUGAGAUUGGGGCCCUUCAUCAGAGUCCAGGAGGCCACCACCCCGAGAAGAAAUGCUUUGUUAGUGUAACUGAGAGUCAGGAAUCGCUGGAAAAGAAGCUGGACGAGCUCCUGACGCUGCCGGUCCCCACGGGCCCUGGAACCAGUCUGGAGCCCGGAAUCCUGGCCUUCUCCAACCCCUGCGCAGAGGAAAUGCCCGUCGCACAGCCAAACGCCCCCCCAGCCUUUGAAGAUGCAACCGUGAAGCUGAAUAACGUGGACGCCAAUAUGGUGGCCAUUCCUCCACUGCGACUAAAUAUCAAUGUGAACAAGCAGGAGGACCCUGUGAAGCUGCUGGAGAAGUGUUUGAAUAACAUGGUGGAGGCUCCAGUAUGGCCGCCCCCAGAUAUAAAGAGCAACAUCCUGAAGGCGCAGGUGGAGGCCGGCCACAAGAUUAUAGAAGAUUUGGGGAUCGGUCACAGGACUGUGAGCUCUGAGGAGAUGCUUUCCAGGAGCGUCAGUGUCAAGAUCAAUAACCGCUCGCUGGUGCCGGAAAGUCCAGACAGAGAACCACAAAUCCCAGCACAGACCUUCUUCAUAGCAAAUGUUGGAUCCCAGGAACUAAAGGAAUCCAAAUUCGACAGCGUGGUGAUGUCGUCUUCUACCCUGAUACCCCCAGAGGAGGCCCCUCAAAUCAAGAGUGUGACUGAUGACCUGGACCUGCUGUUGGCAUCGCUGACCGAGAACCUGAUCGACCUCACGGAGACCCCUGCGCCACCGCCGGUCCCAUCCUAUGUGUCUGUCGCCCCCCGCUGGUUAAUACCGAGUGGAGUUGUAUCGAACGGUCACCUCGGAGCGGAGACCUCCCUGCACCCAAAAGUCCUGAAUAAUGUGAUCGACUCUGCACCCGCUGCCGCCGAGAGCCUAAAUGUAACACAAGUUCCUGCCGCCUCCUCCAGCACUGUGACCCCCACGGAGAGGACCAGACCGCGGUGUCUGCUGACCACGGAGCUCUGAGGCGCCAUCUGGGCAGACUGGCCGUUUAAAGGGACGGUGUUAUCAGUACAGAGAGCUGCAGAUGAGCCUGACCAGAUCUCCUGACAGACGAUAAGACGUUCCGUCACCUUAAGCUAUUGAUACACUGGAAUAUUUCUCCCCCCUCCCCCGCUGCCCUGUCCGGGGGCGUUUCGAACGCCUGCCACAAGAUGCGACAUUCCGCUCUGCCUUAUGCUCGGAUCUCUCCUUGGUUUUAUGGUUUACCGCUGAUAAUGUAUAACUGCAUCCUCGAGACGACCGCGUCAUAAAACCAGUUUCUGCUUGGAUGUGGAAUCUCCCAGGGGAUCGUACGUGAAGCUUCGCACCUGAGCCCGCACCGCACCGGACGCUGCGGUCAUGUGAUGCUCAUUACACAGAAUUGCUUCUUCCCCAUUAACUUUUUUAUAUUUGUGUGCUAAAUGUAACAAUUUACAUCAUUUUGCUCCUGAGUAUCACUGCCAUAGUCCUGCUGUAAAGCGAGAGGCUGGAAAUCAUUGGAAACCCAGGCCCCGGAAAGAAGCCGCUAAUCUGCCCCUCGGGGUGUGUGGCCCAAGAG